AUGGACGUCUGGGCAUCUGGCGACGCUUGCUGGCAUGGACGUGACUCGUGCAAUGGGCCCCUGGACUACCACUGGAUCUUCCAGAAGUACAGGGGUCGUGCAUCCUACUACCAGUGGAAUGGCCUUCCCGUCAUCAGUAACUUCGACAAUGUCAAGUGGAACAAGUGGAAGGAGACGUUGGCGAACGAGAUGUUCUUCAUUCCCGACUUCGAUAAGACCACGGGCUACUACGAGUCUCACCCUGGGUGGUGGGAAUACUGGGGAGAUCUUGUUGACGGACUUUUCAGCUGGGAGUCCGCAUGGCCCGAAAGAGACGGCUAUGGCAGCAAGAGCCCUGGGGAUGUCUCCCUGGAUAUCAGCAUUGCUCAAGGCGCCCACAACCACAGCAAGCUUUACAUGGUCCCUUUGAGCUUUCUACAGUACAAGAACUCCUACAACGUCUCGGUGUACCGCGCUGGUCUUCAUGCUCUUCCGAUGCGUAUGAAAGGAAUCCUCGACCAGAUGGACCAGGCCGAUUUCGUCCAGUAUUUGACGUGGAAUGACGGGCCCGAAAGCCAUUACAUUGCGGAACUCUGGUCGGAACAAAAUAGCGACGCCCAACCCUGGCUGUACAUGAACCAGAAAAUGUUCGAUCACACGGCGCUGCAACCUCUCAUCGCUUCCUUCAACCAUGCCUUCAAGAGCCGCACCGAUUCAACCACUAUGACUCCGCAAAAUGGAGCUGUUGCCGUUGGCGCGAUGUGGCAUCGGCCAAUGACGGAUGACGCAGUUUGCAAUCCCGUAAGGGAAACCAUUUACACUUCACGUCCUUCAGGCUCUGAAGAUUACUACAGUCGCAACAUGGCGUACUGGAGCGUCGUUCUCAAGCCGGGCCUCCCCAGCGGCUACAAGAUCUCCAUCCAGGCAGGCGAGGAGGAGCACACACAGGUUCUUACGUCUGGACUCAACUACGGCAAUGGUGCCGGCAAUAUUCAAGCCGGGAUUCAGACGAUGAAGCUCCUUGACCCUGCGGGGAAGACGAUCAUGUCGGCUAGGUCCAAACGAUGCGUUUCGUCAGGAUGUCCGCAAGGCAUUUACAACAUGAACUACCUUGUCACUGCUUUCGAAGAUGGAGCUAGCGAUUCAACUUGCCAGCCGAUCGGAACCGAGGUGAUGCCCAUGAACGCUGUAAAGGAGCUCGAGAUACCCAGCUGUGGCAGUGACAAGAAUCAUUGGCUUUGCCAAAUUUGCAACGCCUCCGACGUAUCGAUUUUCGAAAAAGCAUCCGUCAAGUGGGAAGCCGGGAAAACCGACAUCGCGCUACAAGAUUUUCAGACAUGGUGGAAGAAAAAGAAGACUGCCAUCCAAGCAUCCUACGAGAACGGCACUUGGUCGCAAGGAGCGGCAGGGUAUUUCCGCUUCGAUGAGCAUCAAGCGACUACUAUGAAGAACACCUUUUUGGAAAAUUUUGUGUACGAUCCUACCAAGGACAUUACUACGCAGAUGAAUACGUGGAUCUUGACCCAGGUCUUCGAUGCUGUUGGGGGAGGAAUUUUCAACCGACUUUCCAACAUCAUUGGUGAGAGCACCAUUGCUGAAGAAGCUUGGGACUCCAUGUACAGCCUUGCACAAGAGCAAAUGACGAAGGCUCUAGAAAAGGCCGAAAAGGACAAGAUGACGACAAUCACCGAUAUCGAGAGCAUGAUCAUUAACAUCCACGACAUUCAAACAUCUGCAGUUGAGGCAAUCAGAUCCGCUUACUUCAACGAGAAUGAUAUCUCCUUUUUCGCCUCACAGGUAAAAAGCGGCAUGUGGAUCAAGAGCUCCAUCCUCGAUACUUUGGACCUUUCGAAGACGAUGAAGCAGAUAUUCUUCGGCAACCUCAUUCAGAAGGCCUGGUAUUCCAACCCCACAAGUGAACCGGUGAUUAUUAUGGUCGAUGACGAUGGUUCGGACGUCAACCCGUUCGCCUGGAAGGGUGGGGCAUCCGGCCAGCCUGAGACGCUUGACAAGGACGAUGUCAACGCUGCUCGUUUUGUCAAAGACGGCAAGACAUUCUUCCUUGUCGGUGCUACCAACUGCCAGCAAUGGAAGACUGCUGACGGAACGAAUGAGUACACGUGUGACCAGGACGCGUUUCAGGGGCUGCAGGGCAUUUCACAGCUCAAGAGCGAUGCUUCGGAGUGGGGAGGUCUCACCAAGGACAGCAUUGUGACCAGUGUGUGGGCAGGCUACAAGAUGAAUGGCAAUGCCAAUGGUUACAACAUCAGUGCCAACGCGGACAACUCACAGAGGGACUCGAAUGGGAACAAGCAGCUGACCAUGUACCCGAGCGGAGCAGAGACCCCUGGCCCGUUGGAGGAUGGUAUCAUUCGUCUUACAAUCGAUGCGAGACAUAUCCCUGUUGUAGUUGCGAGGAACUCGGAAUAA